CCUCGCAUGCACAGGAGAUUGCUCCACUUUUGUCGUACUCUGUCAUUACAAUUACCAACGAGUAGCUUUCGCGUUCGCUUCUCUAGAAUGAGCUCCCCGUCUACAGAUGGAGCGACACCAGUCCAAAUGGAUGCAACAUCACAGAAAAAUGAGAAACAAUUGCGGAAAGAGGCAGAAAAACUGGCUAAGAAGCAAGCAAAGAUGGACAAGUUUGCAAAGAAACAAGAAACGACCAAGACUAGUCAGAAGACGGGCAAUGAGAAAUUGAAUGCUAAGGCAAAAAGGAGCAAGGCAAGAGCAGCUGAUCUUGAAUAUGUCUACACACAUGCUGCUGGAGAGAAAAAAGGCAUUCAAUGUGUCUGGUGUAAUGCCAGAUAGUUACAACCCAAAAUAUGUUGAGGAAGCUUGGUAUCCAUGGUGGGAAAAGCAGGGUUUCUUUAAGCCUGAAUAUGGAAGGACGAGUGCUCAUGAGCCCAAUCCAAAGGGAAAGUUCAUGAUUGUCAUUCCUCCUCCCAAUGUGACCGGUUCCCUUCAUUUGGGCCACGCACUGACUGAAGCAGUACAGGACUGUCUUGUGCGAUGGCACAGAAUGCGUGGUGAAACAACUUUGUGGAAUCCAGGUUGUGACCAUGCUGGUAUUGCAACUCAGGUUGUGGUUGAGAAACGUCUGGCAAAGAGUGGGAAAUCGAGGCAUGAUCUUGGGCGUGAAGGUUUUUUGAAGGAAGUGUGGCAGUGGAAAGAUGAAAAAGGAGAUCGUAUCUAUCAUCAGUUGAAGAGAAUUGGUGGAUCAUAUGAUUGGGAUAGAGCAUGCUUUACAAUGGAUUCUAAACUUUCUCGAGCUGUUGAAGAAGGAUUCAUUCGUCUUCAUGAUGAUGGUGUCAUUUACCGUAGCAACCGACUGGUCAACUGGUCAUGCAAACUCAAGUCGGCCAUUUCGGACAUUGAGGUUGAGAAGAAGGAGCUGACAGGGAGGACGCUUUUGUCUGUACCAAACUAUGAGGAAAAGAUUGAAUUUGGAGUUCUAGUGUCGUUUGCGUAUCCAGUGGAGGAGUCUGAGGAAGUCGUUGUGGUGGCAACAACCCGUGUUGAGACGAUGCUUGGUGAUACGGCUGUUGCCGUUCAUCCUGAUGAUCAAAGAUAUAAACACCUUCAUGGCAAACAUGUCAUUCAUCCAUUCAGGGACGAGAGACUGCCGAUCGUGCUAGACAGUUUUGUUGACAUGUCAUUUGGAACUGGUGCUGUAAAGAUUACUCCAGCUCACGAUGUUGCUGAUUAUGACGUUGCUCUACGACACAAUCUGCCUUUUCUCAACAUCAUGACAGACGACGGAAUUAUUAAUCAUGUUGGAGGUGAGCAGUUCAAGGGAAUGAAGCGAUUUCAUGCUCGGAAAGCUGUGCUAGAAGCUCUUAAAGUCAAGGGGUUAUAUAGAGACACAAAAGACAACCCAAUGGUUGUGCCAACAUGCAGUAGGUCAAAAGACAUUGUGGAGCCGCUCAUGAAACCACAGUGGUACGUCAACUGUGAUGAAAUGGCAGCAAAUGCAAUUGAGGCUGUGAAAAGUGGUCACUUGAAAAUCUGCCCCAAGAUGCAUGAAAAGACGUGGUUCUAUUGGCUUGAAAACAUCAGACCUUGGUGUAUAUCACGGCAACUUUGGUGGGGCCAUAGAAUUCCUGCAUAUUUCGUGUCAUUCACUGACGACUGUGCUUCUGCUGGAGAGGAGACAGAUAACAAGUAUUGGGUGAGUGGAAAGACAGAAGACGAAGCCAAGCAAAAAGCAUCCCAACGCUUUGGCGUACCACUAGACAAAGUGCAGUUACGACAGGACGAAGAUGUGCUGGACACAUGGUUUUCAUCAGCUCUAUUUCCGUUCUCAAUUUUUGGUUGGCCCAAUGAGACGGACGAUCUAAAGACAUUCUAUCCCGGCACGCUAUUGGAGACUGGUCACGACAUUCUCUUUUUUUGGGUGGCCAGAAUGGUGUUUUUUGGACAAAAAUUAAUGGGUGACUUACCAUUUGAAGAAGUGUAUUUGCAUGCCAUGGUGAGAGAUGCCCACGGUCGUAAGAUGAGCAAAACACUGGGCAAUGUUAUUGAUCCUAUAGAUGUAAUUGAAGGAAUUUCACUGGAGGGACUCCAUCAACAGUUGUAUGAAGGAAAUUUGGAUCAAAGAGAAAUUGAUCGUGCAAUACAAGGACAGAAGGAAGAUUAUUCGGAUGGCAUUCCUGAAUGCGGCACGGAUGCUCUCAGGUUUGCCCUGUGUGCAUAUACAGCUCAAGGUCGUGAUAUUAAUCUGGAUGUAAAGCGUGUUGUUGGUUAUCGUCAUUUCUGCAACAAGCUGUGGAAUGCUACAAAGUUUGCUCUUAUGACACUUGGACCUGAUUUCAAACCGAACCCAACAGCUAAGCUUAGUGGCAAUGAGACUCUUGUGGAUCAGUGGAUUCUUAGUCGUCUGGCAUGUGCUGUUAACUCCAUCAAUGAUGGUUUCAAGGACUAUGACUUUCCUGGUGUUACUACUGCUGUGUACAACUUCUGGUUAUAUGACCUGUGUGAUGUGUAUCUGGAGCACUUGAAGCCGGUUGUACGAGACGGUAGUGAAGUGGAGGUACUAACAGCAAGGAACAUUUUAUAUACUUGCUUGGACACAGGUCUGCGCCUUCUCAGCCCUUUUAUGCCCUUCUUGACGGAAGAACUGUAUCAGAGGCUACCCAGACGAGAUGGCAAUAGGUCACCUAGUAUAUGUGUUGCCCCAUUUCCAGAGAACGCUACUGGGUAUAAUCCUGCUAUUGAGACUGAGUUCAAGUUCAUCCAAGAUGUGGUUCGCACCACUCGAAGUGCAAGGCAAGACUAUUUACCUCCAAAGGCAAGACCAGAUGUGUACUAUGUGUGUUCAAGCCCUGGUGUAGCUUCCUUGCUUAGCAAGUUUGAAGGUGUAGUCACAACGUUGACUACAUCUGGAAAAAUUCACAUUCUGUCUGGUGAGUCACCUCCACUUGGCUGCACGAUGGGAACCGUGGGUGACAAAUGUGAAGUCCAUGUGAUGAUGAAGGGUCUUGUGGACGUUGAAAAGGAGCUGAGCAAGUUGCAAACAAAGCAGGAUAAGCUCAUCAUCCAGAUGGACAAAUUGAGAAGAGACACUCAGAUGCCUGAAUACGAGACCAAAGUUCCCGAAUCAGUAAGGAAGAGUAAUGAAGAAAAGUCUCAAGAAUACGAAAGUGAACUAACGAACAUCAAACGUGCUGUUGAUGCUUUCAAACAAAUGAAGUAGGGUGUCUUGAGUCAUACGUGAUCUUAAUGGUUUGUGAUGGUUACCUUUUUGAUGUUGAAUGAUGGUAUGAAUUGUAAUUUCGUCCACAGUGAGACUGUAACACUUUCUGUGUGGUUUAUUUUUGAGCUAUAAAUUGUAAAGUCUCCCAAA